UUAUUUGAAUUCAACUGUGAACCAGGAGAACAGAAGUAGAGAUUGUGCGCGGAAACAAGGGGAAAGACAUUAUAAGCAAUAAGAUACGAAGAACGUACUUAUACAUUUUAAAACAAGACACAUUUUGUUAACGUUGUUUUUCGAAUUGACUUUUUAGAAAUAACAAUCUCCGCUUUUUCAGUUAAUAUGCUAUUGCCGUAGGUAGCGUGUAUUGGGCCUCCACGAGGUCGGAUCCGCUCCGCUCGGUUCUUCAGAUCAUCAGGUUUUAUAAACUGAAUCCAGGAUGUCGUUUAACUUUGGUGCAGCGAACGUUAAUCUCGGCGCCGCCGCCACCAACACCGGCGGGGGUUUUGGAUUUGGUGCCGCGACCAGUACCCCAGCUGCAGCAGGCACGGGUGGAUUCGCGUCCGGAGGUUUUGGCACAGCGACCGCCACACCGGCCGCCACCAAUACCACCUCCACACUAGGAUUUGGGUCCAGUUUAUUUGCACAGAAACCAGCAACUGGGUUGAAUUUUAACUCAUCUGUCUCGGGAGCUGCCGCACCAACUGCUGGCCUUACUUUAGGGAGUCUUUCAAACUCAACUGCUGCCAACACUGGGUUCAGCCUGGCCUUUGGAAAGCCAUCAGCCUCCGCUGGACCUUUCUCACUGAACACCACGACCUCCGCACCUGCAGGCACAGGCCUGUCUCUGGGAUCCGUCCUGACCUCCACAGCCCCUCAGACUAGCAACUCCGGCUUCGCCUUUAACUUGGGAGGCCCGGCUACCACUUCCUCUGCUCCUCCCUCUGGGUUUUCCUUUAGUUCUGGUCUCUUCUCCAACUCUGCAGCAACAGGUUUGGGACAGUCUUCUCUUGGUUUGGGACAGUCUACUCUUGGUCUGGGUUUGAGUGUGGGUGGUUUGGUCUCUUCUUCUGUUCCUACCAGCUCUGUUCCUGUGCUCAGUCUUGGAUUGGGUGGUGUUGACUUUAGCACUUCUUCUGACAAAAAUACUGACAAGUCAUCAAGCACCAGACCGGAGGACAGUAAAGCUCUUAAAGAUGAAAACCUACCAGGUCCGAUAUGUCAAGAUGUGGAUCAUUUUCAGAAAUUUGUCAAAGAGCAGAAGCAAGUGCAAGAGGAGAUCAGCCGGAUGUCCUCUAAAGCCAUUCUCAAAGUGCAGGAGGACAUCAAUACCCUCCGACAGCUUCUCUCUGUCUGUGCCAGCGGCCUGCAGAGAAAUUCAUUAUCCACAGACAAAUUAAAGAUGGAAACUUCUCAGGAAUUGAAGAAUGCCGACAUCGCGUUCCGCACCCAGAAGACCCCACCUGGACUCCAACAUGAGAAUACAGCCCCGUCUGAUUAUUUCCGUACUCUAGUGGAACAGUUUGAAGUGCAGUUACAGCAGUACCGUCAGCAGAUCGAGGAACUGGAGAAUCAUCUGACCACCCAGAGCAGCGGCUCGCACAUCACCCCUCAAGAUUUGUCCCUGGCCAUGCAGAAACUCUACCAGACGUUUGUUGCUCUUGCUGCACAGCUACAGGGGGUACAUGAGAAUGUUAAGACCUUAAAGCAUCGGUACCUGAGCUACAGACGAGUCUUCCUCGACGACUCCACCGACGUGUUCGAGUCGAGACGCACAGCCAGUAAGAAGUGGCAGAGCUCUCAUCAACUCACCACAGGCCCGGCCCCCUUCGGCAGUGUUCCCAACGCAGCGGCCGUUGCCAUGGCUGCCACUCUCACUCAGCAGCAGCAGCCGGCUCCAGGACCACAAGCGCCCCUGGGGGGCAGUUUUGGCACUUCCUUUUCAUCGGGUAUUGGCACAAGCAUGGGCUCAUCCAGCCUCGGAGCAUUUGGUAGCGGCCCUGGGUUUGGGGGUGUGGCAACAGGAGGUUUGUCGUUCGGGUUUUCCUCUAGCAAGCCAUCUGGAGGGAGCCUGAGCGCAGGGUUUGGAACUUCUAACACCUCAGGCUUUAACUUCAGUAACCCAGGCAUCAAUGCAUCGGCUGGGCUGACCUUCGGCGUGUCCAACACACAGACUCCGGGGUUUGGGACAGGAGGACCUCUGUUACAGCUCAAAAAGCCCCCCGCGGGUAACAAGAGGGGCAAGAGAUAAAACAGCAUGUUGGUAUGAGGGUAGAGGAAAUGUGACGAGGUAAAGAUGAUGUACGUCUCAGAUCUUUAUUUUUAUAUAUAUAUGUGUCUGUGUAUAUAUAUAUUUCUCUUUAGGAUGCCAUUAAAGGGAUAUUUGAGAUGGUUCUAUUUGCUUUUCCUUUUACCCUUGUGACUGUACCGUGUUCUCUAUUUUUGUUUACCAUCAACUGUGGUUAAACGAUCCUACAAUGAUAUCUGGUCAGAACGAAAGAUUGUAAGAUUUAGCUGACAUGACCGGAUUCAGAUGAGUUGCAUAAGAUGAACGUAUGUUGUCGUGCACAGAUGUCAAUGUAGAUGCUUUUGUUAUUGAUGAUACUUAUGAAUUGAGUUUACCUGUGUGUUUGUGGCUUUAUUUCCAUCCACAUAUUUUGUGAUUGUAAACGUCAUCACAUUAAAAUGUCAAUUGUAUCUGCUAAAUUGUACCAAAUAGAUGUCAACUUGUAUAAUAAUGUUAUGUUUGUAUAUGCCAUCUUUGUUUCUGAAUGUUUUCAUUACCAAAUAGUAAGAGUUUCUAUACUUAAGCAAACUUUGUGCAAACAAGUAUUUUUCGAGAUGACAGAGGUGUUUGUUAUUAAAAGACAGCGACCAUUA